AUGGAUAAGAAUUUGCAUUUCCCAGUAAAGAACUACUACCAUCCAGGAUCCAGUGUCACAGUUGACUAAAACGUAUCUAUGAUAGAUAGAGGUGUAGACCCUAAACCUAUGGUGUUAGAGUUUUGUAAACCACUAUGUAUAUACUGGAAGGAAAAGCUAGAGAGAUGUGAACUCAAAUUAGCUACAAUUAUCAAAGUAAUAAAAACAAAUAGAAAAUGCAGAACUAAAUAAUAAAUAUAGAUUAAUCCAACAAAGACUUGCCUUUAUCCUAUGAGAGAUUAUGUUACUUGUGUUGAAGCAUGUGCUUAACCCAAGAUUCACAACAAUCUAGUUGGAACAGAGCGCAAGUACCAAUAGCUUCUUUGA